AUGGCGGCUCCGCGUGUUAGCUUCUCCGACAAGGACCUCGAGAAUGGCGAGGGCGGUGGUGCCGGCGACAGGUCCCGCAAGUGGUCUCAAGCACCCGGCAACAUCGAGGAUCUAGACGAGUACACCGCACUGCAAAAGUACAUCUCCACCUACCGGGAUCCCAAGGCUGCUCAGCAGGAGGAGGCGGCCGAGAAGGCUGGCGAGAAGAAGCCCAAGAAGUCGUGGCAGUUCUGGAAGAAGAGCUCCAGCGGCGAGGGCGACGCUGAAGCCGACACUCACGUUCCUCCCGAGUGGCUCGAGGCCGAUAUCAAGCAGGGUAUCUCCAACAACGAUGUCGAGUCCCGUCGCAAGCGCUUCGGCUGGAACGAAAUCACCACGGAGAAGGAGAACCUCUUCCUCAAGUUCCUGGGUUUCUUCACCGGUCCUAUCCUCUACGUCAUGGAAGUUGCUGUCAUCCUUGCCGCUGGUCUGCGUGACUGGAUCGACUUCGGUGUCAUCAUCGCCAUUCUCAUGCUCAACGCCAUUGUCGGUUGGUACCAGGAAAAGCAGGCCGCCGAUGUCGUCGCUUCGCUCAAGGGUGACAUCGCCAUGAAGGCGACCGCCAUCCGCAACGGUCAGGAACAAGAUAUCAAGGCCCGUGAGCUCGUCCCCGGUGACAUCGUUGUCAUCGAGGAAGGCCAGUCCGUCCCCGCCGACGCCCGUCUCAUCUGCGACUACGAACACCCCGAGGACUUCGAGAAGUACAAGGAGCUGCGCGAACAACAUGCUUUGGACCCAGAGGAGGACCCAGCAGGCUCUGAGGAUGCCGAGGGCGAAGAGGGCGAGGGUAUCCAGCACCAGGGCCACGCCAUCGUCGCUACCGAUCAGUCUGCCAUCACCGGUGAAUCGCUCGCUGUCGACAAGUUCAUGGGUGACAUCGUCUACUACACCACCGGCUGCAAGCGUGGCAAGGCCUACGCUGUCGUUCAAACCUCCGCCAAGUUCUCCUUCGUCGGUCGUACUGCCACGCUCGUCCAGGGCGCCAAGGACCAAGGUCACUUCAAGGCCAUCAUGAAUAGCAUUGGUACGGCGCUUCUCGUCCUGGUCAUGUUCUGGAUUCUCGCUGCCUGGAUCGGUGGUUUCUUCCGUCAUCUCAAGAUCGCUACGCCCGAGGAGUCGGACAACAACCUGCUCAAGUACGCGCUGAUCCUGUUCAUCAUCGGUGUGCCAGUCGGUCUUCCAGUCGUUACCACCACCACUCUCGCCGUCGGUGCUGCCUACCUCGCCAAGCAGCAAGCCAUCGUCCAGAAGUUGACUGCCAUCGAGUCGCUCGCUGGUGUCGAUGUCCUCUGCUCUGACAAGACCGGUACUCUCACUGCCAACCAGCUCUCUAUCCGUGAGCCCUACGUUGCUGAGGGCGAGGAUGUCAACUGGAUGAUGGCUUGCGCUGCUCUCGCCUCGUCCCACAACAUCAAGUCCCUCGACCCCAUCGACAAGGUUACCAUUCUUACUCUCAAGCGCUACCCCAAGGCGCGUGACAUUCUCAAGGACGACUGGAAGACCGAGAAAUUCACUCCUUUCGACCCCGUCUCCAAGCGCAUCACCACUGUCUGCACCCUCCGCGGCGACCGCUUCACCUGCGCCAAGGGUGCGCCCAAGGCCGUCCUCGCCCUGACCGAGUGCUCCAAGGAGACCGCCGACCUCUUCAAGGAGAAGGCUUCUGAGUUCGCUCGCCGUGGUUUCCGCUCGCUCGGUGUCGCCUACCAGAAGAACAACGACCCAUGGGUCCUCCUCGGUAUGCUUUCCAUGUUCGACCCGCCCCGUGAGGACACUGCCCAGACCAUCGUCGAGGCCCAGCAGCUCGGUGUCCCAGUCAAGAUGUUGACUGGUGACGCUAUCGCCAUUGCCAAGGAAACUUGCAAGAUGCUUGCCCUCGGAACCAAGGUCUACAACUCUCAGAAGCUCAUCCACGGUGGUCUCUCCGGCACUACUCAGCACGAUCUUGUCGAGCGCGCCGACGGUUUCGCUGAGGUCUUCCCCGAGCACAAGUAUCAGGUCGUCGAGAUGCUGCAACAGCGUGGCCACUUGACUGCCAUGACUGGUGACGGUGUCAACGAUGCUCCAUCGCUCAAGAAGGCUGACUGCGGUAUCGCCGUCGAGGGUGCCUCCGAAGCCGCCCAGGCCGCCGCCGAUAUCGUGUUCCUUGCUCCUGGUCUCUCCACCAUCGUCUUUGCCAUCAAGACUGCCCGCCAGAUCUUCCAGCGUAUGAAGGCGUACAUCCAGUACCGUAUCGCUCUCUGUCUUCAUCUGGAAAUCUACCUGGUCACCUCCAUGAUCAUCAUCAACGAGACCAUCAGCUCCGAGCUCAUCGUCUUCAUCGCUCUCUUCGCCGAUUUGGCCACUGUCGCUGUCGCCUACGACAACGCUCACUCUGAACAGCGCCCAGUCGAGUGGCAAUUGCCCAAGAUCUGGAUCAUCUCCGUCAUUCUCGGUAUCGAACUCGCCAUCUUCACCUGGGUCAUCCGCGGCACCCUCUACCUGCCCAACGGUGGUAUUGUCCAGAACUGGGGUAACGUCCAGGAAAUCCUCUUCCUCGAAGUCGCCCUCACUGAGAACUGGCUCAUCUUCGUCACCCGUGGUGCCAGCACCCUCCCAUCAUGGCAGCUCGUUUCCGCCAUUGCCGGUGUUGACGCCAUCGCUACCCUCUUCUGUAUCUUCGGUUGGCUCAACCCCAACAUCUACCAGGAGCCUCUGCCAAACCCAAUGUCUCAGUUCCAGGAGACUCGCAACGGUCACACCGACGUCGUCACCGUUGUCGUCAUCUGGGCCUACUCGAUCGGUGUCCUCAUCUUCAUCGCCAUCACCUACUUCCUCCUCAACAAGAUCCCCUUCCUUGCCGACCUCGGCCGCAAGAACCGAUCCAUCCACGACACCCAGAUGGAGAACAUCAUCGGUCACCUUAGCAAGUUGGCACUCAAGCACGAGAAGGAUGAGAACGGUGAGGGCCGAUGGACACUGUCGGCCAAGUCACAGGAUGAGGAGGACGAUGAUUAG